UAUGUCAAUUAAUAGAUAGCACUAAAAACAAACUUAAGUUUUAAGAGGUACUCAUACCUGACAGCAAAUAAAGAAAGAUUGGAAAUUGUUUUAUAUUAGUUUUGAAAUACUAUUCAGAUGUAUUAUUCUAUACGUUGAUCUUUUUAUUCAUAUUACCGGACAGUUUAAAAUUUACCAAUAUAGAACAAAUGAAGCUUCUUUGGUAUUCCACUAUUCUUCUUAUUUGUGCCGAAGCAGUUUUUGGUGAGAAAUAUGAAGCAUCCUGGGACAGUUUAGAUAGCAGGCCACUACCAGAAUGGUUUGACAAUGCAAAAAUUGGAAUUUUUAUCCACUGGGGCGUGUUCUCUGUGCCAAGUAUGGGUACUGAAUGGUUUUGGACAUUUUGGAAUGACGGCGGGGAAGUUACCGAGUAUUUAAAAAAUAAUUUCCCCCCGUAUUUUUCGUAUCAGGAAUUUGCUAAAGAUUUUACGGCAGAAUUUUUUAAUGCAACGGAAUGGGCUGAACUCUUUGCUAAUUCAGGAGCAAGAUACGUAGUGCUGACAAGUAAGCACCAUGAGGGUUUCACUAUGUGGCCGUCAUCAUAUUCGUACAGUUGGAAUUCUAAGGAUCUUGGACCACAUAGGGAUAUAGUUGGGGAAUUGGGAGAAGCCGUAAGGGCAGCAAAUCUUACAUAUGGUCUAUACCAUUCUUUACUAGAAUGGUAUCACCCUCUCUACCAAUCAGAAAAGAGCAACAAUUUUAUUACGACAGAAUUCCCUGAGAAGAAAUCAAUGCCUGAGUUAUAUGAGCUGGUGAACAACUAUCAACCCGCCAUCAUUUGGUCGGAUGGCGCUUGGGAAUCACCAGAUACAUACUGGAAUGCCACCGGAUUCAUCGCAUGGUUGUAUAAUGAGAGUCCUGUGAAAGAUUUUGUAGUUACUAAUGAUAGGUGGGGUCAAAGUAUAACUUGCAAGCACGGUGGAUAUUAUACUUGUAAUGACCGUUAUUUACCAGAUGGACUUCAAACUAAAAAAUGGGAGAAUGCUAUGAGUUUGGAUAGAUACUCGUUCGGAUAUAGAAGGAAUGCGAAAUUAGCCGAUUAUUUAUCAUCCCAAGAAUUAAUCACCACGGUUGUACAAACCGUUGCUUACGGAGGUAAUAUUUUAAUAAAUAUUGGACCGGCCCACGAUGGUACUAUUAACUUAAUAUUCCAAGAGAGAUUAUUGGAUCUUGGAAGCUGGCUUUCGGUGAAUGGCGAGGCAAUUUACGACAGUAACCCUUGGACCCAAGCGCAGAAGGAUAAUUUAACUAGUAAUGUAUAUUAUACCACUAAAGAAAAGUACUAUUAUGCGAUAUUCCUCGAGUGGCCUAAAGAUUCGCAGCUUAAUGAAUUAUCACUUGGUUCUGUAAUUGAUUUGUUUAAUGAAGGAACCAUCGUUACCUUGCUGGGUUACAACAGUUCUCUAACAUGGACAAAUUCUAGCGAGUCAAUCCAAAUAUCCUUACCAGAUUUAUCUAAUGUUAGUACAAGAAAUGCUUGGGUUCUCAAAAUAGAGGCAGCUUAACAUUCUAAGAAAGCAAUAAGUUGUUCAAUAUAUGAAUAAAGUUGUGGAGCAAAUCUUCUUUGAACCA